UCCUCUCUCGCUCCGGCCACCCCUGCCGCCGUGGACUUGUGCUCGCCGCCGCCCUCUUCUGUGCGUCAGCUCAACAAAUUUUGGAGGUCUCUCCCUAUACAUUUACAUCUCCCUCUCCAAUCGUUCACUUCCAAUUUUCAGGUUGCAAUGUUGAUUGGCUCAAUUCGUAACUUUAAACCUAGAAAUUAUUCGACCUCACUCUCUCCUCUCCAGUCUCUAAGCUCUCAUAAGCCUAUAACCAAUCCACUUUACAAUUUUCUACCCCAAUCAAACAAUCCAAACAAUGUUGUUGCCCUCGUUUGCUCUUCCCUCAAGGAAAACGAUCAAGCCUCACUGGAUCAUCUUAAAGAGCAAGGUUUGUUUAGCCGUUUCACCAGCCUUGAGCUGUCAAGAGUAUUGCUGAGAUGCCAGUCCGAUUCAUCAGCAUCCCUCGGUUUCUUCAAUUGGGUGAGAAAUCGUUUGCAUCUCCUACCGAAUGCGCAUACUUACUGUAUUAUGAUCCACAUUUUGGUUUGGUCUAAGAAUUUUAAGAAAGCUAUGAAAAUCAUGUCAGAAUUGGUGCAGUUGAAUGCAAAUGUAAGUGAUUGUGAGAGGUCCAAUGUGUUUGAUAGCUUGCUUUCGAGUGCUAACGACUGUAAUUGGGAUCCCGUUGUGUUUGAUAUGCUCAUCAAGGCUUACCUCAGAUACAACAUGGUCACAGAUGCUUUUCAUGCUUUUAAGAAAAUGGUGAAGCGCGGCUUUGUUCCGAGCAUUGUUGCUACGAAUUGUCUUUUGAAUGGGUUGUCAAAGAUGGACUGUUUGGGGAAAUGUUGGGAAGUUCACCGAGAGAUGUUGAGAAUCCAGAUACGUCCUAAUGCAUGCACAGUUAACAUAUUUGCCCACAUCUUGUGCAAUGAGGGUCAUAUGGAUAAGGUGAAUGAAUUCUUGGAGAGGAUGGAGGAAGAGGGAUUUGACCUAGAUAUAGUAACAUAUAACAUACUAGUUGAUGGGUAUUGCAAGAAUAGGAGGUUGAAGGAUGCUAUUUAUUUGUAUAAUAUCAUGUGUACAAGAGGCAUGGUUCCUGAUUUGAUCACGUAUACGACUUUGAUUAAUGGUCUAUGUAAGGGCGGUAGUGUGAGAGAGGCUCAUCGGUUUUUCAGUCUGAUGGUUCAGAGAGGGUUGAGGCCUGAUGCUGUUACAUAUAAUACUCUAAUAUAUGGGUACUGCAAAGAGGGGAUGAUGCAAGAUGUGAGAGCGAUGUUGUUUGACAUGAUUCGAAACAAAGUUAGCCCUGAUGACUUCACUUGCUGGUUGCUCAUAAAAGGUUAUCAAAAUCUGGAUAGGAUGAUAUCUGCAGUGAAUCUAGUGGUUGAGCUUGUGCGUUAUGGCAUCAUGGUCUCACCAGAUAUUUAUUGUUAUUUGAUGCUUGCUUUAUGUAAUGACGAUAGACCAUUUGCAGCAAAGUCUCUGUUGGACCAGAUGUCUCAAAAUGGUUAUGUGCCGAAUGCAGAAGUAUACAAUGAGUUAAUUUGCUCUCUUUCUAGAGGAAAAUUUGUCGAGGAAGCACUGGAGUUGAAAAAUGAGAUGGUGUCAAAAGGUUUGAAGCCUAAAAUGAGUGCAUAUGGAGCUAUUAUUGGAGGUAUGUGUGAAUUAAGAAGAAGCAUGGAGGCUCUCUUGUUGAUGCAGGAAAUGAUUGAAUCUGGCUUGCCUCUGGAUAUCCAAAUUUGCAGAUCUUUGGUGUAUGGGUUGUGCAAAGAGAAAAAUAUUUUUGAAGUUGAAUCACUAUUGGGUUUCUAUGCCAAGGAGUUUCAAAUCUUUGAUGCAGAGUGUUAUAAUGCAAUAGUUAGGGUACUCUCUGAGGCAGGUGACCCCUCCGAGUUAAUCAAAUUGCAAGAUAGGAUGGCUAAACUAGGGUAUGCACCAAAUAGCUUAACAUGCAAGUAUGUAAUUGAUGGCAUGUGGAAAGCAAUGAAAGCAUAGAGGCGUGAGCUACUGGCGAAAUGAUGUUGCAUCUCUUCUUGAACCUCUAUUUCCAUCCCCGAAUUCACCCUCAAAUUCCUUCACCUCUAAGAAUCACAUACAGAAUAUCAUUGAAGAUAGGAUCAUAUUGGUAUAAGACAGCGACAUGAUGAAACCAAUAGACAAGCAUGAUAGAAGUAUUGCUGCAAGCUCCUAAUGGUUGGGUUUUCCGCAUUGUUGGCCAUGGCAAGCUGAAGGGGGGUCGAAGAAAAUGAAGGGAGAUUGGUCGUAUCUGGAUUGGUAAGAUUGUUCCAGCCCUUUGAGAGAAUCGAGCUUGCACAACCAUCCAAACCUAUCUUCUGGAAUCUUGGAAUCGCCAAUAGGCUUGGAGGGCUCUUCAAAUUUUCACCAGAUAAGCUUUCUUCAUCUUCCUCGUAUUGCUCCUCAUCUUCGUCCUUUUCUCCUUCAUGGUCAAAACAAGAGGUAAGCACUCGAGAAAGGUAAACAUAUACAGUAUAGGAAGAUGGUGGAUUGAAUGUCGGUCUGUGAAAGGGAGUCUCACUUGUGGGAGUUGAACCUGUGUCUAUCUUUGAUCUCUUAGCUUGCUGCAGCCCUACCGCAAUGCUUGAUUCAGAGAUGCAUCCUGCAGCGAAAGGAAGUAGCACAAAUCUUUCCAUUCUAUCCCUCAUGUUUUGUUCACACACACUUGCACAAAGAGUGGGUGAGAGAGAGAUAUAAUUGACAAAUUUAUGAAUUGGUUUGGGUGAAUGGGGUUGUUAUAAUAUAAGCCACGUACUUGCUGUUUUUUAACGUUAAGGAUUAGAAUACCUAUAGUUUGUAUAGUGAAUGUCCACUUAUUUGAUGAGAGAGGGAGGAAUGGAGAUCUAACGUUAAAGGUUUUGUUAAAUAACAUUCUAUCUACGGUCUAUUCUUGAAUUGGAGGUGUAUCUUUGUUACA